GUAAUAAACUAAGAUAAGUUUUUCAACCAAGACAAACCUUUCUAUAAAUUUUUCACAGGUAAUUUGAAAUGGUUUGACAGGAAUGUCCCAAGGACGGAACGUAAUCUUGUAAAGGUAUUAGAGGAAAUCCAAGAGGAUGUGAAAAAUCACAGCGUGCAGUCUGAUCAAGUAAAUUCAGCUAUCGAAUGUCGACGCAUGUUUUAUGAAAGGAAACAAGGAGCAAGAACCUUCAAUGAUAUAAUAGAAACCAUUCAUGUCAACAAAUUUAAAAGUCCCCUAGUUACCAGCUAUAACUUCACUGAAUUGAUCGACUGUUUCGAAAAACAAAAGAAGCAUCAUCAAAUAGAGGCAGAUAGUCGCAAUGGUUCAGUGUGCUACAUCAACCUAUCACCACAAUAUAUUGAAGUUAUCCAGAAGAUUGAUGAAACAUUUGAAAAUUUAUAUCGUAUGUAUUACGAAUUCGGUAAAUAUUUGUUUCUCUUCAGAUUUGGCUGGGCCAACAUUUUUGAAUAAAACCAAAUGAACAAGCUUGUCGAGAAUUGGUUGAUCUCAAUCGUUGAUCUGUACACAUAUCUAUGUAACUGCGAAAAUAAUAAAAUGUUUACACUGGAAAAA